AUGACUUGCUGUGUUGUAGCAAAAUUGCACAAGGCUAACUGGAUCUUGUGGUGCGCGAGUUCGCAGGGUAACACAACGACGUCGAAGAUGUCUUGGAAUUACGGGGCACAACGGAAAUUGUCACACAAUUUCCGAAUGGGAGUGACUCUACUGGUACUCCUUGCAAGCACGUCUAUUCUCUAUGACGGCCCAUCAUUUUUCUCGAGCGUUCCAGCCCAAGCUGCGGAACCAAAAUCAGAAUGUGUGGUGGACAGAGAACAUGGAACUACCAACUGCAGGUGCGAUGAAACCGAAAAAACACCACAAACGCUUGCGGCGACACUUUCGGAAGACCAAAAUGUGUUGAAGGUGAGCUGCAAAAAUAAUGAGCUUCAUUGCGCUCCCGACCAACUGAACGGCGACAAGGUCUGCCCGGGAGACGCUACCAAGGUGCAUGAGUGCACUUCAUCAUCUGGCAGCAACGAAUGCAUCAAACUCAGCGAUAUUCUUGUCGAUCCCGGAAAAAGCGUCACCUGGGCGCGGGACACCACCGAGUCGUCGAACGAAUGCACUACUAAACAGCUAACGGUCCCGAAGCAGAACUUCCCGUAUACUGACAAGAAGUUCGUUGUCGGAUGUGUUCAAAAAUCUGGGAACACCGACCAGUGCACGGUGACUGUAACGGUCGCGGCAAGAGCAAGUGCAAAGAACGGCCAGACCGUCACCUGCGCUUACGGAACGAGUAGCAAUAAGGAACCUCAGACCAUCACGCUGAGCCCGUCUCAGAACGCAUUCACACUGGUUUGCGGGACUGACGGUGAAAUUAUGCCGAGCACGUACCAGCAACAUUACUGCGAUAGCUCAGAAAAUGGGACCACUGGUGACUGCCAAGAGAGAGACUACACUUCCAUCCUCACGGCAUACCAAGACACAUGGUGGCAAAAAACCGAAAACUCAUCUUACACACUGCAGAUUCCGCCGACCGAUUUCCCAGAAGAGCCAGCAAAUAUUAUGGUCGGGUGCAAGAAGACAAAGGUUUCGAAGAGAGGCCAGACUAGUGAAGGAGAACCCUCAACUGUUUGUAAAGUGCUGGUGACGAUUGAGGCUUCGCCAAACAGCUCAUCUGCAACAAUGUCCGGGAUGAAGGCAUACUUGGCUGUAGGAGCUGUCGCUAUCAUUUCUGCGUUCGUGCAUGCCAUGUGA